CGGCGUUAGGACACUUGGGGCGGAGUUAGCAUCGCUCAGGGCGCGGCUAAAGCGCCCAGAUGGCCUGCGGGCACCACCGCGUCCCUGGUCCCAGUCCGGGAGCACGUCGGAGGCUUAGAGGCGAGUGGGAAGGGACCCAGACAGUGCAGGGCGAGACACGCCCGCGGCACCAAAGCCCCUCCGAGCGCCGCCCCCGCCUCUAGUUCUAGAAAGUCAGUUUCCCAGCACUGGCACCCCGGAACCUCGGGGGCUGCCGAGCUGGGGGGGCGCUCGAGCUGCGAGGAUCCGGGCUGCCCGCGAGACCAGGAGCGGGCGCCCAGGAUGGGGUGCAUGAAGUCCAAGUUCCUCCAGGCCGGAGGCAAUACAUUCUCCAAAACUGAAACCAGCGCCAACCCACACUGCCCUGUGUACGUGCCGGAUCCCACAUCCACCAUCAAGCCGGGGCCUAAUAGCAACAACAGGAACACACCAGGAAUUGGGGAGGGCUCUGAGGACAUCAUCGUGGUUGCCCUGUAUGAUUAUGAGGCCAUUCACCAUGAAGACCUCAGCUUCCAGAAGGGGGACCAGAUGGUCGUCCUAGAGGAAUCCGGGGAGUGGUGGAAGGCUCGAUCCCUAGCCACCCGGAAGGAGGGCUACAUCCCAAGCAAUUAUGUCGCCCGCGUUGACUCUCUGGAGACAGAGGAGUGGUUCUUCAAGGGCAUCGGCCGGAAGGACGCAGAGCGCCAACUCCUGGCUCCCGGCAACAUGCUGGGCUCCUUCAUGAUCCGGGAUAGCGAGACCACUAAAGGAAGCUACUCUUUGUCCGUGCGAGACUACGACCCUCGGCAGGGAGAUACUGUGAAACAUUACAAAAUCCGGACCCUGGACAACGGGGGCUUCUACAUAUCCCCCCGAAGCACCUUCAGCACCCUGCAGGAGCUGGUGGACCACUACAAGAAGGGGAGUGAUGGGCUCUGCCAGAAACUGUCGGUGCCCUGCAUGUCUUCCAAGCCCCAGAAGCCUUGGGAGAAAGAUGCCUGGGAGAUCCCUCGGGAAUCCCUCAAGCUGGAGAAGAAACUUGGAGCCGGGCAGUUUGGGGAAGUCUGGAUGGCCACCUACAACAAGCACACCAAGGUGGCAGUGAAGACAAUGAAGCCAGGGAGCAUGUCGGUGGAGGCCUUCCUGGCAGAGGCCAACCUGAUGAAAACUCUACAGCAUGACAAGCUAGUCAAACUUCAUGCGGUGGUUACCAAGGAGCCCAUCUACAUCAUCACGGAGUUCAUGGCCAAAGGAAGCCUGCUGGACUUUCUGAAAAGUGAUGAGGGCAGCAAGCAGCCCUUGCCAAAACUCAUUGAUUUCUCAGCCCAGAUUGCAGAAGGCAUGGCCUUCAUCGAGCAGAGGAACUACAUCCACCGAGACCUCCGAGCCGCCAACAUCUUGGUCUCUGCAUCCUUGGUGUGUAAGAUUGCUGACUUUGGCCUGGCCCGGAUCAUUGAGGACAAUGAGUACACAGCUCGGGAAGGGGCCAAAUUCCCCAUCAAGUGGACAGCUCCUGAAGCCAUCAACUUUGGCUCCUUCACCAUCAAGUCAGACGUCUGGUCCUUUGGUAUCCUGCUGAUGGAGAUCGUCACCUACGGCCGCAUCCCUUACCCAGGGAUGUCAAACCCCGAAGUGAUCCGAGCUCUGGAGCGUGGAUACCGGAUGCCUCGCCCGGAGAACUGCCCAGAGGAGCUUUACAACAUCAUGAUGCGCUGCUGGAAGAACCGUCCGGAGGAGCGGCCGACCUUCGAAUACAUCCAGAGUGUGCUGGAUGACUUCUACACGGCCACAGAGAGCCAAUACCAACAGCAGCCAUGAUGGGGAGGACCAGGGUAGGGCCAGGGGGUGCCCAGGUGGUGGCUGCAAGGUGGCUCCAGCACCAUCCACUAGGGCCCACGCCCCCUCCCUACUCCCAGACACCCACCCUCGCUUCAGCCACGGUUUCCUCAUCUAUCCAGUGAGUGGGUUGGACUGGAAAAUCUCUUUUUGACUCUCGCAAUCCACAAUCUGACAUUCUCAGGAAGCCCCCAAGUUGAUAUUUCUAUUUCCUGGAAUGGUUGGAUUUUAGUUACAGCUGUGAUUUGGAAGAGAAACUUUCAAAAUAGUGAAAUGAAUAUUUAAAUAAAAGAUAUAAAUGCCAAAGUCUUUACCAAAA